CAGGUAUAUAUUAUAUUAUCAUCCACUGGAUAAUAUCAAGUACAUAGGGAGAAAAAAAUAUUCAAAUUUGACUACAAUUUCAUGGAAUAGAAAUAAAACAAGUUCUGAAAUACCUUUCAUGUACUACUUAGGAACAUUUACAAAAAUUAGUGCAAAACUGUAAAAAAAUAACAAAUGCAGUAUCAGAGCCACCAGACAUAAAAAAGUUCCAACAAAACCCUAAUGUUCACUUGAGAUGGAUGUAAUGCCACUUGUUUACAAUAGGAUCUACAGCUUGAGGAGAACUAUAUUCUGGAGUUUUGUUGAUGAUAUCUUUUGCCUCACUGACAGGAAUGUUGUAAGAAUUCCCCUCCAGGGUAGUGUUUACACAAGAAAUGCCCUUGGCAUCCACUUCCUUGGACACCAAAGCCUUCCAGAAUCUGUGCACCUCCUCAACAAUCUUAACAGCAAAAGCAGCUGGCUUAGCUUCUCCAUUGAAAGCAAACUGAUUCUCAGGUUUGCCAUCUGGGAUCUUGUAAAUCUUGAACCACUCCACUGAGGCUUUGAGCAGACCAGGAAAGUGCUUUUCAACAUCAGGUAUAUCAUUGACUUGAUCUGCUAUGGGAUCAUUCACAUCAAUAGCUAUCAAUUUCCAGUCUGUUUCACCUUCAUCAAUGAGGGCUAUGGUGCCUAGAAUUUUCACAUUCAAGAUCUCCCCACGUUUGGCCACCCUGUAGCCGAUUUCUAUGACAUCAAUGGGAUCAUUGUCUCCCUUGCAACCAGUACCAUCAUCCAGGUGCUCGGGGUUUUCCCAGGUUUGGGGAAGCGCCCCAUAGUUCCAUAUGUAACCGUGAUGGGGAAAACAGUUGGCCACGAACCUGGGUUUACCUUUCUUGAUGUCCUGUUUGAUGGGAUUCAAGAUUUCCUUCAUGGUGAUCUCCAUCUUGGCGUUGGACCAUCUGGGCACUUCUACCACCAUGUUGUAGGUUUUCUUGCAUGCGUCGGCGACUAGAGGGAUGUCGUGUAGGGGUGACACGGGACCGUUUUGGUCCUGGAUGUACACCCUGUAGUCCGCGGAGUAAGGAGAGCCUCUUUCCACUACCGAGUAGGCCAUAUUUCUGAUUUUGGUCAACAGCGGGGAAUGGACAGAAAGGAAAUUCAGAAAUUCACACGUUACCCCAGCUGAACGUAAAAGGUGGCUGUGGAAAAUUGACCCAAUGACCAUGACAAUUCACAGGUUACCGGAGCAUUCACGGAUUUACGCAAUGACAGGACAACGGACAGAUAGGUAGGGCAAAAUUCAAAACUUAGAUCAUUCCUGUAUGAUCUAAGAUUCAAAAUCGUUUGGAAAUGGUUCGACUUUGCAGUUUGCACUCUCCUUGACCUUUAGCCUUGCCUUUACUGAUUAUUUUUUAUCAUGCUUUCAAAUCCUAUAUUUAUUGAAUUCUGGAAAUCAUCAACAGCAGCUGUACAUUGGCAAAGAAAGAGGAAGAGGCAUCAAUGAGAACCUAGUCGCUCACUUCUAAUGAAAAUGAAAGCUUAAAACUUAAUAAUAAGAAGAUGAAGAAACAUUGAGGUUGUGUGUCUCAGUCUCAAUGGUAAACAACAGACUGUCAUGUUAUGUGUAAGAAACGGAAAAAAGGAGAACUUGAAAGUGGUUCCUAUUUCCUAUUUUCCACAAAAAAUGACAAUGAAAUUCAGUUUCUGAGUACAGAGCAUUGAUAUCAGAAGGUAUGGGAUCAAAGAUCGUAUCCAGGCUAGCAAAAAAUCCAACAGUAGAAAGUUUGAAAAACUCCUUGAAACUGAAGAUAAAAGAUGCUCCACAAUAUUUCCAAACGAUAAAAGAAGAGAAUAAAAAAAUAGUGUACAAUAAAAUAUCUGGCUGGAAUAAAUGGUACAAUAAAAUAAUUGGUCUGGAUGAGGUGAAUAUAUACCUGGAAAGAGUAGCUGCACUGCAAAAAGAAUUAUUGGCUACCCAAGAAAAGCGUAGAGAGAUCAGUGGACAGCUGAAUGAGAUCAGGCAGAGGGCCAGUGAAGUACAAGAUAAAAUUCAGAAUGUUGAUAGAAAAGAGAAGUUCACUGUGUACUGUGAUUUGAUAAAAGAAGAACGGGAGGUGAUUUUCUUAGAGCGCACAACUUCUAACAAAUUCCAGGAAUAUGACCAAACAGAAAGGGACCUUUUUACUGCAUUUACAAAUGCCAUUAGAGACUCACAUGAAAAACAACGUGCACAGGUGGAAUAUACGAAAUAUUUAGGGUUCAUUCUCAGUAUUACUGGAUCAUUUCUAGCAUUUGUUUAUACAACUUAUAGGAAAAAUGAUUUAAAGAAAUUCAUUGAUGAUAAAUUAUCAACAGUGAUUAUUGGGGGCAUUGACCUCCAACAGAUGGAGAGGCAGGAGCAAAUAAAUGAGACAGUCUUACAGGAAGUUGCAAAAAAUAGGUCAACCUUGAAUCAGUUGGUGCAUUAUCUGUCUAAUGAAAGGAAUAGUAAUAUUAAUCUACCAGUUGUUCAUACUGUUGAACAGUCUGGUGAAACUAUUGAAUUUACGGUUUUAAAAUAUGUAGGGGGCUUUCUGCUUGCAUGUAUUGUGAUGCGAGUACUUGUAGGUUGAUAAUUUUUCAACAAUUUAUAGGAAUCAUUUACAAUUAAUUCCUAAAUUGGCUGCUGUAGUGUAUCAGUUUAAUAAGUAUAGGUGGCAACAUUGCCUUUUAUGAUACCGCCGUGUGGCGCGAUGUGAGAUACACGAGCGGGAGAGAUUUAGUAGUAUUCGGUCAGCUUAACUGUGCGUACACAAGGACACAAUAAAGAGCACGCGACAGCGUGUAUGAUGCAGGUUAGGUUAGCACAUGUGAGGCUACAGGAUAAUGUUACAUCAAGUCAUUGAAUAAAUAGACUACCGAAUAUUACGUAGUGUUUAUUAUCCCUUCAGGGAUUAAUGAUCCUAGCAGGACAAGACACUACAGCUGCAUGUCCAGGUUUAGUCUCUCUGGACAAUGAGCCAAGAAAAAGAAGACUCACACAUUCAUAUAUUUUGUUUCUUUUCCUUUUUAGAAUCGUUUGGGAGAUCAGUAUACAAGGUGUCCCGAAAUUACAUAGAAAUAUUUCAACCACAUAUCUAGGAAAAAAAUAGUAAAAAAAGUUUAUAUAAACAAACAUGGGUGAAGAAAUUGCUCCCUUGUGUGUUAUAGUCAUCUAAAGGAGAACCCAAGAUGAUGGUUUUAUGUCAAUAUUUUUUAAAUCCUCUGUUAUAAAAUAAGUUUUUUCACAUGUAGGUACAGAGUGAUUCACCAUAAAUUCACCCUCUCUAGCUCAGUUAUUCUCGAACUGAUUUCAAAAUUUCAGGAAUCAUUUGGAAUGAUUUCUCAUAAUUUGUUUUCCACAACAUCAGAAAAUACAAGGUUCUCAGAACAAACGAUCUACAGGGUACUAAUUGAUUUUUUUAAAUGGAACACCUUGUAUUUUAUUGCAUUCCUAGAUCUUCCUGAAGAGCUGAUUGAAUCAAUGCAUCACACUUGGGGUCUAGCUGGAAUGAUUAUAGAGAUAUUGAAUGUUGAAAAUCGAGAUUUUUCAUCAUCAGUGGAUACUUAUGGUUUUCAAACCCCUAUCUCAACUUUCGAUUUACUAGAGUCACUGGAUGGUAUUAGUUUGAUAAUGGUAUAAAACUAAUACCACCCAGUGACUCUAUGAUUUACUAUCUACUGACAUUUGAUUGGAACAAAUACAGGCGGGUGGUUCAAGAUACAGAAAUUUGAUCACCCUCUGUAUAUGUUUCAAUUAGAUGUUGUUAGAUAGUAAAUGAGCAAUUAAUAUAGAGACAUGUGAGCCGUUUUGACCAAUAAUGAAUAUUUUAAACACAAAAGAUCUCGCAAAAGAUCCUAAGUUGAAAUAUCUCGAUUUUUAACACCCUAUAUCUCUUUAAUAGUUUCCGCUAGACCCCAAGUGUGAUGUAUUGAUGAAAUCAGCUCUUCAGGCAGAAUCUAAAAAUACAGUGAAAUACAAAUGUUCCAUUUUAAAAAAUCAACUAGUGCCCUGAUAUAGAUCGUUUGUUCCGAACACCCUGUAUUUUCUGAUGUAACGGAAAAAGAAUUCAUGAAAAAUGAUUUCAAAUGAUUUCUACAAUUUUGGAAUCAGUUCAAGAAUAACUGAGCUAGGAGGAGCCGGGGACAUUGAUGGUGAAUCACCCUGUAUCUAACUUUUUAUGCCCGAUUCGCAAAUGCUAAGAUUUUUCUUAAAUUUUGAUCCGGGCAUUGAAAAUAAGUGGGGUUUGGAGCAUUUUCUCUCUCAAGAUUUUGUUUUCACAAUUUUCGGUAGUUUUUACUCAAAAAUGGUACCUACUUAUCUGUCUAGUUUUGAUAGCACUCAUCAUUACGGGAAUGAAUCGAUUUUUAAAAGUCUGCUGCAUAAUUGAAAUUGUACUUUUUCUCAAUAAAGUCAGUACUUUGAAUUUAUUCUUGUCAUUGCACCCCCAUAUUUUAAAUCAAACAUCAGAAGUAUAUAGAGGGUAUUUUCCAUCCAAACAAUUUCAUACCCUAAUUAGGAAAAAACACUAUUUUUAUCAUUCAGCAGAAUUUUAAAAUUAAUUUAUCUCGAAAACUGUGAAAUGCUAUAUCCCAACUCUACAGGAGUACAAUUUUCAAGUAAAAUUGUUGAGAGUUCUAUAUUUAAUUAUCGAAGUGGUGAAAAUUGUAUACAUAACAAAAUUUUGAGAAAAAGGUGCCCUAUUUAAUCCUACGCCCCUGAUCUAAAUCGGGCGAAUAAGUUAGGUUUAUGUUUAAAGUUUUCUUAUUUUAUCAAAAGAGGUUUCCGAAAAAUCCACAUCAAACCAUAUAAAUCAUCUCGCGCUCUCCUUCAGAUGGACCCAUGUUUAUAUGAACUUUUUUUACUUUUUUUUUGUAUUCCUAGAACCCAUUUAAUUUCGAGACUCCCUGUAUUUGAGUUCUAUGGAGAAAACCGCCCAAUAUGUUAGAUAAGUAUACCCAGUUAUAUGAUAUGUAAUUAUGUACCACCAAGAAAACUAUAAACUAUCUAAGUAGGCUAUGAAACGAUUAAAUUAUAAUCAGUCAUAAUAAUAUGCAAUUUUUUUGUCCAUUCACACUGACUCCUGCCACUAUACAGGGUAUCCCUAGACCAGUGGGACAGUUAAAUAUCUUCUGAACCAAUAGGAAUUUUCAAAAUAUUAUAAUUUCACAUCACAUCGCAUUAUGAGUGCUAACUUCAGGAAUGACUAUAUUUUAUACGAGGGGCGCAAGAAAGGCUCACAAAAUCGAACAUCAAUUUUUUCAAAUGGAACACCCUGUAUUCCAUCUCGUAUUUAAUUGAAACAAAUACAGGGUGGUGUAGAAUUAACAGUUUCAGUCAGCUUAAGGAGAAUAUGAAAAUGCAAUGAAAUACAGGGUGUUCCAUUUGAAAAAAUUGAUUUUCGAUUUUGUGAGCCUUUCUUGCGCACCUCGUAUAAAAUAUAGUCAUUCCUGAAGUUAGCACUCAUAAUGCGAUAUGAUGUGAAAUUAUAAUAUUUUGAAAAUUCCUAUUGGUUCAGGAGAUAUUCAACUGUCCCACUGGUCUAGGGACACCCUGUAUAGUGAUAUCUAAUAAUAUCAACAAUAUCACAAAACAUAACUGAAAAAUAUUUUUGUUAUGUAUCAUGUUUAGGCUUUCUGCUAGCUUCGCUCGCUUUAGCGACUUCUAGCGGUUUUUUUCCUAACUUUAUGCGACAUUUCAUGUUCAGCAGCUGGCUAAGACCUUGGGUAAGACAGUGGGUAAGACCCACGGCUAUUAAAGAGCCUAGCCAUAGCACCAUAGCAAGGUAAUAUUGUGCCUCGCUCCCUGCUCGCUGGGCGUGAGAAACUGAAAAUUUUCAGCCUAUCCUGAGAAGAAACAUAAUUGAAAUAGCGAAUCACUAUCGGCCAAACCGAUAAAUACCUCCAUAGUAUUUUUUCGAUCAAUUACUUCAAAAAAAAAUGAAGGAACAUCACUCUAAUGACCAUGACCACCACGCUUCUGACUGAAGAAACUACAAAACAAUUUUAUAAUUUUUAUACGCUCUUGACUUGCCCACAGAUUACCCCACCUGAUCUGUGACCUGGGUAAUCUGUGACUUGCCACAGUGGCAAUAUUUCCCGUAUAGUGGUGCUAUGGCUAGGCUCUAAUGUAUAAGACCAUAGUAAAGACAGUUAUAGUUGAACUGUGGACCGUGGUUGUAUACAUCUGGUCAGUCUGGUCUCUGAUAAUUACAAUUAUUUUGUCUGAAAUGUGUGAUUUAUUCAUAACUUAUAAUGACGAUGAUAGGAUAUCACUAGGGUCCCUUGAUGUAAAUUGACGUAUUUGUCAUCUUAACAGGGUACGGAGAGGUCCUCGUCUCCUCUCACUCUAAAGUGUUUAGUUUCAUCUUCAUUCAUUUCUGGCGAUAAACACUAGAUUUCUGACAUUUGUUGUUUUUUAUGUUAUAUAUUGGGGACAUUGCACUGAACUAUACCCUGUAGGGUAUAUUUCAGUGGGACAUUGGCGUAUCAUACGUAAUUUCCACAUGUAUCUUCUCAUUCUACUCUACAUAUUAUAUCCAAGACAUAUCCAAGAUGAUAAUUUUCGAGUUUUUGAGUUUUCAAUUCCAGCAUAAUCUUUGUGAGGCAGUGAGCAAAGUUUUCUGAAAGUUUAAUUCGUUUUACCAAAUGGGACUGUUCUUAGGAAGUACCUAUCAAGUUUGUUAAUCUGUGCUAUCAAUGAAUGAAUAUUGAUUUCAGACAAAGCCUUAUGGUUGAGAAAUGGUGAAAAAUUUUAUGUAGGUAUUCAAACAUUAUGUCAUGUGUACUGUAUAUAUUCAUGUUGGGAAUCAUUUUUGCAGUUUUUCACGAACACUUGAUAUUUCCUGAAUGUAGGUAUAAUGUUUUAAUUGGUAUCUUCUUGUAAUCCUCCGUUUUAAUCAAAACUGUUUUUACUAAAAUGAAUUCAAAAACUUGUAGAGUCGAUAAUUAUAUAGGCACAAUGAGAAAGUAUAAUAUGUGAUUUCGUAUUAAUUUACCUCGAAUAUUUUGCUGAUGUAUUUUCCAAUUUUUCCCAUUCGGUCACUCAACUUUCCAUGUUCUUAUAGUUCAUUUGCAUUUGAUGGAAAGCUGACAAAUUCAAAUUUGCCAUCCAACUGAUUGAUACAGCCUAACGCAGCACAUUUUACCAUCCUUCCAAAGUGAAUGAUGUCGUAUUAAGAUAAAGUAUGAAAUUAAAAUUUUGUAAGAUCUCUCUUAUUAAUGCCUGUCAUAUCAGGGACGCCAAUACACGAAACCAAAAAGAGAAAGGAGCUAUGAUCUGUCCGUACCCUGUUAGAUGACAACUAAGUCAGUUUGCAUCAAGGUACCCUAGAUAUCACUAUUAAACAAAUAUAUUAACAGCAGCAUAGAGAAAAGCAAAAACAGCAAUUACAAAUCCGAGCAAGACAUUUCGAACUUUGGCUAGUCCAGAAUUCGAAUUCAUGUUUUCGACGAUCCAAUCGUUGUAUCGGCUCAGUCUGGUGAAGACAGACGGCAUGCCUAAAGUGCAGUUGUCUGCACCGAAGGACACCAGACCUAUUUGGGUGCCUUUCACCAGCAAGGGCCCCCCUGAAUCGCCCCCACAGCUGCCCCUCGGGCCUUCUCCUGAUACACACACGUGGCUUUCCACAAC